CUCGGCGAGCAGUUGCCAAGGCAAUAUCGCCGCCGCAGCGUUUAGAAGAGCACAGGAUGUCGAGUAGCCUGCAGGAGAACGUCGCCCAGGCGGUGGAGGCCGAUGAUACCCCAACUCCUACUCUCACCCCUAACCCCAACCCAGACUCGGCCUCCGCGAGCGAGAACGGUAAGAAGGAGGGUGCCGUUGUGCUCCCACCUGGCCCGGACGCAACGCGCGAGGGGCGGCGGUGUCGCACCGGCUGAUUCCUCGAGCAAGCUGCCUGCCCAAAGCGGCGCUGCUGGAGGAUGCCCUUGGGCAACCCAACUCUGGACCAGACUUUGCGGAGUCUCCAAACGCGGGCAGGAGAGAAGCCCAGACCGCCCGCGGUGUGCCCUGUGCGCUCCAGUCGCGUAGCUGCUUUCCGGGGUCUGAAGGAAGUUCCAGAAUCUAUUGCUGGGCUCCAGGAAUAUUAUUGUAAUCUGUGUUUGGAAAACUCCAAGAAAAUAAAUCCUUAUAUAUUGCAUGUACUCCAAGAAGUGGAUGAAGAUAUUAAAAAGGGAUUGGAAAAAAGAAUCACCUUAAACAUCGCGGGUAACAAUAGAUUAAUCCCAGUAGAAAGAGUAACAGAUGAAGAUUUUGGGAUUCUUUCCCAAAUUUUAGAGACUUGCCCAUAUAUUAAUGGUUUGGAUGUGAGAUAUAACGUUCUAAGUGAUGCUGGUGCAUACUAUGCUGCAAACCUGCUUGAGACACAGAGGUAUCUCAUUUACUUAAAUCUUAUGUUUAAUGAUAUUGGACCUGAAGGUGGAGAAUUGAUUGCUAAAGCACUUCAUAAGAAUACAACUUUGAAAUAUCUGCAAAUGACUGGAAAUAAGAUUGAAAAUAAAGGUGGAAUGUUUUUUGCUUCAAUGCUGCAAAUUAAUUCAUCCUUAGAGAAAUUAGAUCUGGGUGACUGUGACCUGGGAAUGCAAAAUGUGAUAGCAUUUGCAACAGUACUAACUCAAAACCAAGCAAUUAAAGGAAUAAACCUAAACCGACCUAUACUGUACGGGGAACAGGAAGAGUCCACUGUCCAUCUAGGCCACAUGUUGAAAGAAAACCACUGGCUUGUUGAACUACACAUAUGUAAGCAUGGUAUAAAAAACUGUGGUAUGCAGAAGUUAUGCGAUGCACUGUAUCUGAACAGAAGCCUGCGUUACCUUGAUAUCAGCUGCAAUAAAAUAACUCGUGACGGAAUGGAGUAUUUGGCUGAUGUUCUGAAAAGCAAUACCACCCUGGAAGUUUUAGAUCUUUCUUUUAACAGAAUAGAAAAUGCAGGAGCAAACUGUCUCAGUGAAACUCUUACUUUACACAACAGAAGUCUUAAAGUAUUAUCAGUAGUCAGCAACAAUAUAGAGGGAGAAGGACUUGUUGCACUUUCACAGUCAGUGAAAACAAAUCCCACAUUAUCUAAUAUCUACAUUUGGGGAAACAAAUUUGAUGAGGCCACAUGUGUGGCAUAUUCAGAUUUAAUUCAAAUGGGCCAUCUAAAACCAAACAAUACAGAUGUGGAGCCAUAUGUGGUGGAUGGACACGUGUAUCUUGCAGAAGUCUCCAACGGCCUUAAAAAGCAUUAUUACUGGACACCAACUCAUAGAGAUGCUAAUAGCCCCUCAUCUAGUGCAGAUUUUGCUGUGUUGUUUCAGUAGGUCCAUAUUUCUGAAAAGCAAGCUCUAAAAUAGUUUUCAUGUAAUUACUUCUGUUGGAUUUAUGUCCUAUUCUCUUUCAUAAAUUAGGUUACUUUUAUGAAAUAUGUAAAACUUUAUAUAGCUGUCAUUGUGAAAAACUGGGUAAUUUAAAAAAAAAUUUACAAUAUGAAGAUUAAAAUUUUAGGGCCGGGGACAUAGCUCAGUUGGUAGAGUGCUUGCUUCACAUGCAUAAGGCCCUGGGUUCAAUCCCCAGCACCACCAAAAAAAAAAAAAAAAAAAAAGACUAAAAUUUUAAUCCUGAAGAAACCAGAACUGUACUAAUUAUUUUUAUAAUGAAAAUAUAACCAAGUAGCGAAACAGGAUACAAAUAAAGGUCACUACAGAUACCUUAACUGAAAGUUGUUUACAAAAUGGUAGAAAGGGUUUCAGGUGACAAAUUCCCAGUGAAUUUAAAGGGUUUUCAAAGUUCAGAAGUUGAAAAAAUAUUCUAUGUAUGUAUCCUAUUUAGGUACAGAUAGAUGUUAAUAACUAUUUCAUAAAUACAGGCAUAUAAAUAUAUACCCUUUCCAAGGAAGUGAGUGCUGCUAGCUCCUCCAACCCUCCUCUCAUAGACAACUACUAUACUGACUUUUAAUACUACAGAGUCUUUCUGCCGAUUUUUUAUCUUUAUGUAAAUGGAAUCAUAUAAUCUUUUUGUGUCUGGCUUCUUUUAUUCAACAUUAUAUACAUGCAAUUCAUGUUGCUGAACGUACAGUAGUCCAUUUUUAAUUGUUUUGAAGUAUUCUAUCAUAUGCUUGGAAGUAGAAUAGUCUAAAGGAUUAUGAAAAGAUAUGGCCUUUCAGGCUAAGACACAGCCAUGUUAAAAGAAGUCUUUAGCAAUAUAGUUUGCUUUCUUAGGCUACUGUCUAUUCCUGUAUGGUAUGGAAUGGACCCACAAGUUCCUAUAUUUUUGGAGAGGGAGAUUUAUAAGAUAACUAAAGGGGAAGCAACGGGGCUCUCCUGAGCCUACUGUGGAAUGGCAUAUGUAAUAAACCUGCAGCCUGACCUACAUUAGACUGCUUGAGACAGUACUGCAGGUGGCAGAGCCUCAGAGAUUUCUCCACACCCAAGAGAACGGAGGUGAGGCCAGUUCAGCCAAGAACCACCAGGCUCUGACCGAGUUAGGAAAGACUUGAUCAUAUAUUUUUAAAAGCCACUGCUUAACUAUAUCAGAGGCCAGUAGGAUGCCCAAAGAAUGGAAGAGCUCAAGAUCCCUCACACUAAUGCCAUUAUGUCAUGUAAGCCCUCUCCAUACAUCUGGACACAAUUUGAGAGACAAAAAAGGCAGAUUAAGGAUUACUUUAGAUACCUUAAGUUAUUAUAUUUUAUAUCUCCUUUAUAUCAGAGUAUAUGGUAAGUUUUCAACUGGCUAAGAUCAGAAGUUAAUUUUCUAUGGACUUACCAAUAGGUAGGGUUUAAGAAGGAUAUAUCAGUUCUGUAAGAAAACUCCAUUUCCUCUGCACAUCUUAAUUAUAAUGAGUAAAUCUGCAACCAUAUUGUAUAACUUUCUCCCAUUUUCCUCUUAGCAAUUAUCCUUUUUUUUUUUUUGGGGGGGGGGGACGGUGACUGGGAAUUUAACUCUUGGCUCCCCAAACUUCAUUUCUUCCUUUACAGAUUGCCUUUCUCUGCUUACUCAUAAUUUCCUUUAGACUUUAACUUAGCUACAUCCCUGGUCCUUUUUUAUCUUGAUACAGGAUCUUGCUAAGUUGCUUAAGAUCUCACUAAAUUGCUGAGAUCUACCUUGAACUUGGAUCCUCUUGCCUUAGCCUCCAGCAUCCCUGGGAUUACAGGCAUGCACCACCAAGCUUGGCAGCUAUCAGACUCAGCUUAGCUAAGCAUAGUGGUACACACCUGUAAUCCCAAUGACUCAGCAGUUUAGUCUGUCUCAAAAUAAAAAUAUAAAAUUAAAAAUAAAUUUAAAAAGUGUUGGGAGAUGUAGCUCAUUGGUGGAGCGCUCUUGGUUUAAUUCCUGUUACUACAAAAAGAUCCAGCUUAAAUAUAGCUUAUUACAUAGUCACAGAUCAUAUUAUACUCCUCCUUUCAGAUUUGAAAGCAAAAUGGAAUAAAGUAGUAUACAUUUUCAAAUAAUGUUCUUUACUCUACACAUUGUCACUUUCAAAUUUCUCCAGUACUAUUCAUUCAUUAUGUCUUAAUAUCUACUUCUCAAAUAGUAUCCAUCUGGCUCCUACUGUAUUACACUGCAGCUGCCUUCUCAAAUGAUAAUCAUGCUUCAAUUCCCUAACCCAAUUAUGUCUCUGAUUUGCAUUCUACCUUGUGAUCACUGUAAAGUCCCAUUUGAGAAACUUGCACAACUCUGGAUAUCUUCCUGUUUUUCUGUUAUUUUCACCUCCUUUUCUGUCUUUGCACGUACUUUAUAUAUAUUUCCCUCAAUUUUUGGUCCUCAUCUUUUAUUCUCGCAUAUCAUCUCCCAGGCUGCCUUCAUCAUUUCAAUAAAUUAUUGUUGGCCUCAUAUAGAGCUGCAAGAUCUACAUUUCUAGAUUUAACAAUUCCUAGGCUUGAUUUCUAACUAUUGCCAGACAUUUUCACAUGCCUAUCCCAGUACCAAUCAAAUAUAUAUCCAAGAUCACCUUCCAGACCUACUCCUUAUGUUUCUUUCACGGUUGAUGGUAUCACCAUCUUCUCAAUCACCAAGUAUUCAAAAUCAAGAGUCCAACUUAGGGUUGUCUGACUCCAAGGAACAGAUACUCUAAAGCCCAUUUGAGAAAAAGGGGAUUUAAUGCAAGGACACAACUGUCAAAAUCACUGGCAUCCAGUGGAGGAAAUGAAGCACUGUUGUGACCCCUCCUCAGGCAUGGGACUGCAAAGCCCAAAACCAGGGCCACUCCUUCCUCUCUGGAGCAGUCUCUUGGCUCCCCAAACAUAUAUUAUUUCUUGACAGUCUGAAUUUUAUGGCUCAAAUUCUUGAGAAAGAGUCUGUCCAGGUGUCCGGUCCAGGAACUGUUUCUUAAGGUGUCCAGUAGAUGGGGGUCACAAGUAUAGAAUCGUGUUACAAAUGCAGCUCCAGAAGUCAACUGGGGUUGCUGGGUGAGAUCAUGGGUUAUAAAGCUGGCUAUCUGCCUCUGCUUUAGCAGACAUUGGUAGAGGACUAUUUCAGGUAAAUCAGUGUGGGUACAAUGCUGGACAUUUCUCUCACUCCUGUAUCUAUUCAUUUAAUACUUCUCCAUUCUUCCUAGUUCACUCCUCAGUCAGCUUCGUGCUACUUCCUCCCUUCAGCCAUUUCCUGUUUGUCUAUCCAGGUGGGCAAAGGCCCUUUCUCUAUUUAACACCCACUUACUGCUUAACAUUUCCUUUCUUGCCUUCUGUUACCAUAACACUCAACAUUCUGGCUUAUUUUACUGCUAGUUAUAGUAAGGCUGGCUUUUUCCAUGAUUAUACUUAAGGGUAGAGUUUAUCUUAUUUUUUAUCUUCACACAUUUUGUAUUUGUUCCAACAUUUGAAAUACUAGCCAGAUAUUUUAUCCAAAUCAGAGGAUGUUCACCUCCAGUGUUUACUAUCCCCUUCUCAAAAUUAAAUACGCUAGUUCCAAAAGUUACUAUGUUUACACUGUAAUUACCUGCUUUCUUAAAUACAUCAAACUUUACUUGAAUGAAUGGGGGCAGGGGUUGCAGAGGACAGAAGAGUAGACUAUAUCAUGGUGUCAAGAAAUUACUGCUCCAAUAACUAAAUUUCAAUUAUUAUUCAAAAACAGUGGGUGAAAAUUUAGAAUUUAAAUUUCUUUUUUUUAAAAAAUAUUUUUUGUAGUUGGACACAGUAUCUUUAUUUUAUUUUUAUGUGGUGCUGAGGAUCGAACCCAGGGCCUUGCACAUGCUAGGCAAGUGCUCUACCACUGAGCAACAAACCCAGCCCUAGAAUUUAAAUUUCUUAUUUUACUAUGACUCCUUUUUACAUGAUGGUGUUUCUAGCUAAGAAAUGGCAACUCAAAGUCCCCUAAAAGAUGGAAAAUUAUAUUCAAGAGCUUCUUUUAACUGCUUUCCAAAGGUAGAAAACCAAGAAAUGUUUAGGAUAGUUCCCAGUGUUUGGUAUAUAUCACUUGUGGAGCUUUUCCAGUAUGUAUAUAUUUCCUGGAGAUUGUCUGAUUUAUUAAGUCUAAGGUGAAGUGGGCCUGGAUAUUGCUCUUUCUUAAACUCAUUUCUGAUUAUGAAUUAAAAUGUUACAGGCGCAGGGAGCAUGCCUGUAAUCCCAGUGGCUCAGCAGGCUGAGACAGGAGAAUCAAAAGCCAGCCUCAGCAAUGGCAAGGUGCUAAGUAACUCAGUGAGACCCUGUAUCUAAAUAAAAUACAAAAUAGGGUUGGGGAUGUGGCUCAGUGGUCCAGUACCCUUGAGUUCAAUCCCUAGUAUCAAAAAAACAAAACAAAACAAAACAAAACCUGUCUAUUUUAACCACUUUCAUGUGCACAAUUUCUAUAGGAUUAGAAUAUAGAGAAAAGAUGAAUAAAUAUAGAGAAAAGAUGAUAAAUACUACUACAAUGGAAGUGAUAGACGCUCUGACUUUGGGGAAAAAAAAAGUUUUCUAAAGUGUUUCUACCAAAAUUAUCCUGUGAAAUUAAACAUAAAACAAAUACCAUUUAAAAAUAGCAAAAAAAUCAUUUAUAAAUGAUCUAUGAUUUCCUUUUAUAAAGUUUAAAACCUAGCAAUACAGUAGGAAUCUAGUAUAAAAUUAACUCAUUUAGAAAAUAGUUUCUCAGAAAGAUAUUCAACAUUCUAAAGACAGACUUUCAAAAAAUUCUGUAAUACUUGACUAAUUAAAUCUUUCCUGCAUUGCUUAACAAAUAUAUUUAAAGGGGUUAAUUAAAUGAUUCAUGUGUUAUCAUGAUUACCAGACAAACUAAAAUACAAGCAUAUUAUGAUAAAUAGUAAAAUUAUAAGGGAUACUGUCUUCAAGCUCUCUUGGUCUAUAAUUAGUGAAAAGGAGAGGAUAACAAUGACUCAAGCAAUAUUAAAGUAAAAUUAUUUUAGCUAAGCAGAUGUGAUUUUAAAAAAGCACAACCCCAGCCACUCCAAUUUUACUAAAUAAUACUAAAUAACUUUGUAGGCUAAUUUAUGCAAAGGCAAAAUACUAAUUAUCAUUAUAUUUGAAGAAAUUUGACCAUUCUUGCCCUCACAGAAUUAUGCCAUGGCCAUAGUCAUUUUUUAAAAAGAAAUUUUAUCCAUUAGAAGUUUGGAUUAAUGAAGAUAUAGAUUAAACUAAUCUUUCCAUUUUGGCAAACCUCUUAAAGAGGCUUGAGUGUUUUAAUUUUUUAAAAUUUCUUCACAUUCAAAUUUCCUACUGAAUUUAAGCUAAAACAAAUUGGCUUAACAUUAAACUUUAUAGAUUUUAUUUAAACCCAGUACAUUAACUUAAUACACAUGCAUAAUUAGAUUUUUUUUAACUAAAUGACCAAACAUUAAAUUUGCAUUAUACAAAUGUAGCAUUUUAUACUCUAUUUAAUUAAGUCAUUUCCACUGGUGGCAAUUUAUUGUGAAAAUAAAUUGUGUGUGCUGGGAAAUGGUGAAAAUCUCUCAGUCUACAAAAUUCAAUGUUUUUAUUACAUUCUUCAAUAAGUUCCUAUGACUUGGAUCCCAAAUAAAGAAAAUUAUGAUUAAAGAAAUCAAGAUGAAUGAACACAUUAACUUUAUUAUAUGUGUAGUUUAAAACUCAAAAACAAAUAAGCCACAAUUAAUGCAUGGAAGAAAUGAGAAAUUAUGUCACCAUGAUGUUCUAUCAGCAUUAUGGGAAAUGACUUUGUGAAACAAUAAUAAUUUAAUGUUCAAAGAUCAAGGGUGAAAUAAAUUAAUAUGUGGGAAAAGUGAGAUGGAAAAGAGUGGUAGCAAAUAUGAGGAUAAAUACUGAUUUUUCUCUUGGAAGAUAAAGAACCAAUAUAAAACCAUGACAACAACCCAAAAUUGUGAUUCAACUUAGAAAAUUUAAGAACACAAAGCUUAUAUAAAAUGUUUGAUAAACUGAACUUUUGAUAACCCAAAAUGUUAACUGUAAUUUUCCUUUUAUGAAGUGCUGUGGACAGCCAGUGCCUCAAGUUUGCUAGGCGAAUUUCUUGAAUCUUUAUGCAAUAUAAUGUAUCAAAUUUAGAAGCAAAGUGAUUUCUAGUUUACGCUAUUUGUGUCCAGAAAAUUCUUUUUAGAAUAUUUGUUUUAAAAAGUGUAUAAUAGUCAUGAGAGGCUUAUCAAAAAUUUUCAAAACUCAGUAUAUAUUCCUCAUUUCCAAUCCAAAAACUCAAUAAGAUAUAAACUGAAUCAAAUUCCAAAACUGUCUUUUGACUAGAUUAAAAACACCAAAUGUCUAUUUAAAAUACAUUUUGAAAAUAUAGUCUCCAAUAAAUCAAAAACACCGACUCAACUGACCAUUGGUUUAGAACCCAGAAUAUUGAGUUCUAAAUGACAAAAAUUUUUAUAGUUUCCUAGUUUUUAAGAAAAACAAUGCUUUUGGUUUCAUUAGAGAAGUUACCUCUAAUGGAACAUAUAAUUAUAAAAACAGCACAGCUCUUACUCAGUAACUAAAUUUUCAUAGGUGGAAAUAUGAAAAAUUUUUCCACCAUAGUUUAUGGUUUGAUCUAUGGAGCUUACAACACUUUAGGACUGAUACUAGCAUGGAUUUUGUUUAAAUUUUGAGCGGGAAUGGGGCAGGGGAAGAUUAGAAAAUCCCACAGGUCAAAACAGAAGCACUACAAACUGACAGAUUCUACUUCAAUAAAUGAAGGCAACUCUAAAAUUCAAAUAAAAAUGGAAUUAAGGAGGCUCUAACUUAAAAGAGAAUAAAACUAAUCCACCCACCCAAGAUAGUGCUACCAUAGAAUUAAUUCAUUCCUUAAAAAGCUGUGUAUAUAGUCUAGACAUAAAAGCCCCCAAACAAAACAAGCACUGCAGUUAUGAAUGCAGCAUCAGGUGCUUUUACUUCGGUGAAUGAAAAGAAUGGUCACAAUUCAAAUGAAUGAGAAUUUAAUAUGAAUAUAUGCACCUUACCAGAGAUGUUUAUGCUUACUACCACAGAUGUCUUAGCAAUUCCACAUUCCUCACAAAGUCAGUACAAUUGUUGUAAAAAAAUCAACUGUGGUUCUGAAUAUCCAUUCACAGUUGACCUCAACAAUGUAUCUGAUGUAGGAGACUGAUUAUCUGUGACAGGCAGAAGCAUGUGGUGGUCCUCAGUCCCAAGGGGAAGACUUAAUGGUAGAGUCAUAUCAGAAGGCU